AUGGGGAAGGUUCGUCCAAUGCCAUUUGGGAGGAGAAAAUGGGCCAAGAGAGACAUAUUUACAGCAUCUCUCAUUCUAUCUUUUCAUAUCCCAUGUAUUUUUGCACCCUUUUAUUUCAAUUGGAGUGCAUUUUGGGUUGCGUUUAUAUUAUAUAUUCUUACGGGUCUCUUUGGAAUAAGUAUUUCUUAUCAUAGAAAUCUUUCCCAUAAAAGUUUCAAACUUCCAAAAUGGCUUGAAUACGUAUUUGCAUAUUGCGGAGUUCACGCAGUUCAGGGUGAUCCAAUUGAUUGGGUGAGCACACAUAGAUAUCAUCAUCAAUAUACAGAUACCGAAAGAGAUCCACAUAGUCCUGUUCAAGGAUUUUGGUUUAGUUAUGUCAUGUGGACCAUUGAUAUCAUUACUUUAACAAAUAAAGUCUGUCCAGAUCCAAAUAAUGUUGCUGAUAUGGAGAAUGAUGCAUUUUAUAGAUUUAUUCGUGAUACAUACUUACUUCAUCCUAUUGCUCUUGGAGUCCUUCUCUACGCUGUUGGAGGAACACCUUUUUUUCUAUGGGGAAUGUGUGUGAGGUCUUCAAUGUUCAUGAAUGUAUCCUUUAUGGUUAAUUCAAUUUGUCAUUCAUGGGGAAAGAAACAAUGGAACACUAAUGAUUCCACUAGAAAUAAUUGGUGGAUUAGUUUGCUGUCAUUUGGAGAAAGUUGGCACAAUAAUCAUCAUGCGUUUGAAUAUUCAGCAAGGGUGGGGAUUGAAUGGUGGGAAGUUGACAUUGGUUGGUAUGUUAUAUUGUUUCUUCAAGCCAUUGGAUUGGCAACUGAUGUCAAACAACCCUCUCAAGCUCACAAGCAAAGGCUAUCUAUGGACAAACCAAAUGAAAGCUGUCAAGAAUGA